AUGAACAUAACAACAACUGAAUCGGAAAAUCUUGUUGUAUUCAAACGUGUAAUCGAAGGUUAUAUUCUUUCAUGUGUUUGUAUAAUUGGUCUUAUUGGCAAUUCAAUCACAUGUUUAUCAAUAUUAUUGAAUCGUGUUCGUCGAUCAUCUCCAACAGAUAUUUAUAUAUUUGGUCUAUCAUUCAUAUCAAUAUUUGUUCUUGCUGGUUUUUUACUUACACAUGGUAUACGUUCAACAUUUCAUGAAUAUGGUGAAAUAAUUCAUCGUUAUUUAUUUAUUCGAGUUUUUCCAGCUCAUGUUACAUGUUUAUUAAUUCAAAUAUAUUUAACAGCAGCAAUAUCAAUUGAUAGAUUUUUAUUAAUAUGUCGUUGGCGUACAUUUUCAUAUCGAAAAUGGCGAACACCAAAACGAAUAAUAUUUAUUAUUCUAAGUAUAACAUUAUUUUCUAUACUAUAUUGUUUACCAUUUUGGUUUGAACAUGUUUUAAUUGAUAAUCAAUAUAUUAGUUUAAGUUCAAUUGGAUCUCAACCAUUAUUUCGUUUAUUAAUGAGACAAUAUCUUUAUUUUAUAUUUGUUUUCUUUUUACCAAUGUCAUCUAUUAUAAUAUGUACAUUAUCAAUUAUACAUACGUUAUGUAAUUUAACAAAAAAUAAAUAUAAACAUCAUGUACAUUAUUUUCAUAGAAAAAAACAUUCAAGAAAAAUUCAUACAUUAUUAUUAUCAAUAAUGAUUAUAUUUUUAUCAACACAAUUACCAUAUUUUAUAUUUAAUGUUAUAUAUGCAUUACACGGCCCAAGUUUAAUGGAAAAUAUACGCGCUAGACAAUAUUUAGUUAUUAAUAAUUUACUGUCAACUAUUAAUGCAUCAACAACAUUUAUUUUAUAUGCACUUUUUGGAACGAAAAAUUCUAAUAAUGCUCAGAAUAUUUAA